AUGCGCGUUUCUUCGACGCCGUCCUCCCAAUGGACGGCAUUAUUUGUCCUUGUAUCAACACUAUGUACUCUAUUUACACCAGCAGUAUCUGUUAAAUAUGAAAACUUCAAGACUUGUGAUCAAGCUGGAUUCUGCAAACGAAAUCGAGCAUAUGCCGACACAGCUGCAGCUACAUCUUCAUGGAAAGCUCCCUAUGCCCUCACCUCCGAUUCCUUGAGCUGGAAGAAUGGACAAUUAAAGGGCACAAUUCUCAAAACUAUCAAUCACAAUGGUGAGACGGUCCGGUUACCAAUCACCAUUUCAUUCCUCGAGUCUGGAUCUGCGAGGGUGACGAUUGAUGAGGAGAAGCGCCAGAAGGGCGACAUCGAGCUUCGACACAACAGUAUUGCCCGAAAGGAACGUUAUAAUGAGGUUGAGGACUGGACUAUUAUUGGAGGUCUGGAAUUAAGCAAGAAUGCUGUCGAGUCUAGAGAGGGUGAAAAGACCACUGUGACCUAUGGUCCCGAGGGCAAGUUUGAAGCUGUCAUUACGUUUGCUCCUUUCGGCAUUGACUUCAAGAGGGAUCAUGCCACUCAGAUCAAAUUUAAUGAUCGUGGUUUGUUGAACAUGGAGCACUGGAGACCAAAGAUUGAAAAGUCACAGCCGGAAAAGAAGGAAGGCGAGGAUGAGACCCCAACUCAUGAAGUCACAUCUGGUGAAGAUGAAAGCACUUGGUGGGAUGAGAGUUACGGAGGAUCCACUGAUUCAAAGCCCAAAGGACCCGAGAGUGUCUCACUCGAUAUCACGUUCCCUGGAUACGACCAUGUGUUUGGUAUCCCAGAACACGCUGGACCUUUAUCUUUGAGAGAAACUCGAGGUGGAACCGGCGCCCACACGGAUCCUUACCGUCUUUACAACGCUGAUGUUUUCGAGUAUAUCAUGGAUAGCCCUAUGACUCUAUAUGGUGCUAUUCCUUUUAUGCAAGCUCAUCGUAAAGACUCCACGGUCGGUGUAUUCUGGAUGAACGCUGCCGAGACCUGGAUUGAUAUCAUCAAACAAAAAGAGGCACACAAUCCUUUGAGUCUUGGAAUUGGAUCUGCGACUGAUACCAAAACUCACUGGUUUUCGGAGAGUGGUUUGAUUGAUGUUUUCGUCUUUCUCGGUCCUACUCCAAAGGAUGUUACCAAGGCAUAUGGAGAACUGACUGGCUAUACUCAAUUGCCCCAGGAAUUCGCUAUCGCUUAUCAUCAGUGCCGAUGGAACUACAACAGUGAUGAGGAUGUAAAGGAUGUUGAUAGAAAGAUGUCCAAACAUCAGAUUCCAUAUGAUGUUAUUUGGCUUGACAUUGAGUAUACUGAUGACAAGCAAUACUUCACAUGGGACCCUCUUACCUUCCCCAACCCAAUUGGCAUGCUUGAGCAUCUUGACAAGUCCGAUCGAAAGCUUGUAGCUAUCAUUGACCCUCAUAUCAAGAAUAAAGAAGGGUAUCAAGUGGUAAAGGAGCUGAAAGAGAAAGACUUGGCUGUCCACAACAAGGAUGGAAAUAUCUACGAGGGUUGGUGUUGGCCAGGUUCAUCUCACUGGGUCGAUUGUUUCAAUCCGGAUGCCAUUAAAUGGUGGGUUGGUCUUUUCAAGUAUAAUGCCUUCAAGUCGCUCCCCAACCUGUUCAUCUGGAACGACAUGAACGAGCCUUCAGUCUUCAACGGUCCAGAAACUACCAUGCCAAAGGACAACCUUCAUCAUGGUAACUGGGAGCAUCGUGAUGUUCACAAUGUCAAUGGUUUGACCUUUGUUAACGCAACAUACCAAGCCAUGCUGGAACGCAAAAAGGGAGAGCUCCGUCGACCCUUCGUCCUCACUCGCUCUUACUACGCAGGCAGCCAGCGUAUGGGCGCAAUGUGGACUGGCGACAACCAAGCAAACUGGGACCAUCUAGCCGCCGGAUUCCCCAUGAUAAUUAACAACGGCAUAGCCGGCUUCCCCUUUGCCGGCGCCGAUGUAGGAGGUUUCUUUGGUAACCCCGAAAAGGACCUCCUCGCCCGCUGGUACCAAGCUGGCGCCUUUUACCCCUUCUUCCGCGGACACGCUCACAUCGACACUCGUCGCCGUGAGCCCUAUCUCGUCGGCGACCCGUACAUGGGUAUUAUCACACAGGCCCUGCGUCUCCGCUACGCUCUGCUUCCUGCGUGGUACACUGCUUUCCACGAAGCAUCUGUGGACGGAACUCCUAUUCUGCGCCCGCAUUACUUCAUGUACCCGUCGGACGAAGCAGGCUUCGCGAUCGAUGACCAGUUCUUCGUCGGCAGUACUGGGCUUCUUGCCAAGCCCGUCGUCACGGAAGGUGCCACGAGCGUCGAUAUCUACAUCCCGGAUAACGAGGUCUACUACGAUUAUUUUGAUUUCACGAAAUACGAAGGGCAGGGCCAUAAGACUAUUCAGGCACCGCUUGAGAAGAUUCCAUUGUUGAUGCAAGGCGGUCAUAUCAUUCCCCGUAAAGACCGCCCUAGACGCAGCAGUGGACUUAUGAAAUGGGAUCCGUAUACGCUUGUCGUUGUCAUUAGCAAGAACGGGAUGGCGAGUGGUGAGUUGUAUGUUGAUGAUGGGGAGACGUUCGAUUACGAGUCAGGGGCUUAUAUCCGCCGUGCUUUUGAAUACAAGGAUGGUGUGCUUGAGAGCAGGAAUUUGGGAACGAAGGGGAAGUUAACGGAUAAGUAUCUCAAGACUAUGAAGAGUGUGGGCGUUGAGAGGGUCAUUAUUGUCGGUGCUCCCAAGGCGUGGGAGGGGAAGAGCAGUGUCAAAGCUGCUGGGAAGGAUGCUGCGCUUGAAUUCCAUGCCGAGGAGGGUGGCAAGGCGGCUUGGGCAGUUGUUAGGAGGCCACAGGUUGCAAUUGGGGAAGAUUGGAAGAUUGAAUUUUAA